ACACCAAAAGCACUUAAUAUGACUUUAACACAUAAUAAUGCUACAACUCAAAUGAUGUAUAAUAAUGCUACUAUAACACAAAUAUAUAAUAAAACACAAAAUGAGUAUUUAGAUGAAGAUAAAGAUGAGAAUAAUGAAAAAUGUGAUUUACUUUAUAUUUUUGAAGCAGAAUUUGGUGAGUAUCUUCAAGAGUGGGUAAAAAUGUUAAACGAAGAGAAGGAGGCAGACAUACUUGAAGAUCAAGAUGAUUAUGUUGA